AUGAGUGUGAAUCAGAAGUUGACAAAAGAUGAGCAUGGAAAAGACGUAGACCCAAGUCUCUAUAGAAGCAUGAUUGGAAGCUUACUCUAUCUCACAGCUAGCAGGCCGGACAUAUCUUUCAGUGUUGGAGUUUGUGCAAGAUAUCAAGCAACACCGAAGGAGUCUCAUUUGACAGUUGUUAAACGUAUCAUCAGAUAUGUUCAUGGUACUGCAGAAUAUGGAAUUUGGUAUUCAAAAGACUCCAACUCACAUCUUGCAGGGUAUAGUGAUGCAGAUUGGGCAGGAAACAUUGAUGAUAGAAAAAGCACUUCAGGAGGAUGUUUCUAUCUUGGUAACAACUUGGUUACAUGGUAUAGCAAGAAGCAAAGUUCCAUUUCACUCUCCACUGCAGAAGCUGAAUACAUAGCAGCAGAAAAUUGUACUCAAUUGUUGUGGAUGAAGCAAAUGCUUGAAGACUAUGGCUUACAACAAGGGUUAUUGACUAUAUUUUGUGACAACAAAAGUGCAAUUGAUAUAUCCAAGAAUCCAGUUCAACAUUCCCGUACCAAACAUAUUGAUCUUUAA